AUGGAUUUUGAAUACGAUUAAUUCGAAGAUGAGAUUACUAGUAAAAGUGUAACUAAAUAAAAUGAAAAAUCAUAGACGACUUCAUAGAGUAUUAAGAUGCUCUAAAAGGAUUUUUAAAAUAUGUAAAUAGGCUCUUCGAUUACAUCAUAGGAUGAAUAAGAAAAGAAUAGAAAGAAAUCUGUAAGAAUUGUAUGCGUAGGGCCAAAGAGAUUUAGUGAUAAUUAUUUUAGCAACUUAGAAUUUAAUUAAAUAGAUUAAACGAUAAAAAACGAAAUGCCAUAAGAAAGCGAGUGCGAUGCUCUUUUAGAUGCUUGUAUAGGAAAGAAUAUUUUUAGUAUUACAUAUGAAAAGAAGACAGAUUAAUAUUAUUUGAUCCCUUAGUAGAAAUUCAUAAUUUAGAAAGAAAUUGAUUAAGAAAUUGAGUUGACUGCUUCUUCUAAAUUUUUUAUAGGUGACACUUUAUUUGAGGUUCUUCAAAUAAGCGAGUAAAUUUGUCUUUAAUGCCUUACCAUAAAAGAGUAAAAUGCCGUAAGUAAUAAAGUGUAUACAACAUUUUCUGACAGUGUUAAAGUUUUUAAAAUUGGCAGAACUUCAAUUCAAUUUUUAAAGGACGAUAAAUUUAUUAGUAGAGAGCAUGCUGAAAUAGUUAAAAGAAAUGGCAAAUUCUUCCUUUAUAAAUCAAAUCAAAAUGCCAAUAAGAUUUGGGCUUGCAUUUAACCCGAAGAAAAAAUAAUAUUAGAUGAUGGACUAAAUAUAAGAAUAGGAUUAUCUUGCGAAAGACAAAUAAAAAUUAUUUACUUAUGA